GCCAGCAUUCAUGUCAUGAUCCCUGUCGCUCUACAAUUGCCCGUUCUCAUUUGACGGCUGAUCUGAAUGCUCAAGAAACCCCAUGAGCAUAUCGUCAUUACUCGAUGCUGAAUGGGAACACACUUUACGUCACAUCGUAGACACGCGAGAGAUGGAGCAACAAAUGCGUUGUGUCUAUGACAUGCUCAUCGCUUGCCGGCUGGACUUCCGAGGUAUUUCUGGUACUAACUUUUGAAGCUCACCAUGGUCAAAGUAGCAGAGAACCGUGUCGUUGACCUAGACGUCUUUCCUGGUAAUCCCAAAGGCGACAAACUCGCCGAACAAACACAAGCUGCCAUUGCCGGCAAGAUUCCUCAGGACCAAGCCCAAGGAGUCUCCUCAAAUACCCAAAGUGCGGUCCAAGCACUCGGCGGCACAGUCGGCGGUGGCGUCAAAGGACUCGUCGACACAGUCGGCAACACAGUAGGAGCGCUCGGUGAAGGCGUGACUGGAACCGUUCAGGGCGUGGGUGACGGCCUCGGAAGCACAGUACAAUUCGCUGGAGGUGCUCUUGGCGCUGGUGCUGGAAAAGUCGGCGGCAUGUUCUCAGGCAAUAAACAAGCUGGCGCUGACGAAGCCGUCGAAGCUCAGAAGCAGAGGCUGCAACAAGCCACAGAGAGUUCCAAGGACAUCGAUUCAGAAGGAGUAGCAGGAACAUCUGUCGAGGAACACAGCAAAGACGCCAUGGCAGCAGCGAAGGAAACAGAUAAACAUAAUCAGGAUGCUGCUGGAGGACUGGCGGAGCAUGGUGACGAGAAGGUGAGAGGCGUGUCUUCAUCGUCCUCGUGAGUAAGACGAGAUCUCUGUAACGACAUAAGCACACGAGGUUGUCAGCCUAGCACAGCGUGCCUGUACGUCAGCAACAAAUCAGUAUGUUUCUUUAGUA